AUGGUGGAGACCGAGGGCGCCACGGAGGACCUGGGAGCGGAUAAGAAUCGGGAGGACGAGCGCAUGCCCGAGUCGGAGGCCGUGCGCAUUUUGGUGGCCCGCAUACGCGAGCUGGAGGCUUCGUUUCGCGAGUUUGAGCGCGAGACCGUCGCGGCGCGCAAGGAGCUAAUUCAGAGGUUGGAGAUGAGCGGCUUGGAGCGGCGCGGGCUGGAGCAGAGGCAUGAGGCCCUGUCCAGGGAGCUGGAUGAGAAUCACAAGCGCGGCGUGAUUACCGAGCAGUACUUGGACGCGAUGCGGAGGGAUCUUGGCAAGGCUAUCGGUAAUCAGCAGUCCAAGAUCACGUUUAUCGUCAGAUCGACGCUCAACAAUAUGCUGUACUACGUGCUCGCUUAUUUGGUGCCGGUGGUUGCGUUUUUGAUCCGCGGACUUCGCGAUAUGUCCAACGCAGUCAAGCGCAAGAUGGUGCGCGCGCGCCCGUCCCCGCAUGUCGACUGA